CGUUUAGUUCAACUAUUACUAAGCAAUGGCUUCAUUGUAAAAAUAUCAGUUAUUCAAACGUCAUUUUACUGGAAUUCAGAUAUAUUAACCAAUCGUUCGCUUGAAACUCUCCAAGGAAAGGGGAUUGACAAAUUGGGUUAUUCAUAAAAUGUAAAUGAUAACUAUUCACAAUUUGCGGGUAUAACUCCUACAUAGUUUGUACGGGCAACCAAAAGUUUAUAAGAUAUUUGAUGGGGAGCGGUUUUAACUAAUAGUUUUCUUAUUUAUUUCUUUGUCAAACCUAUCAAAAAUUUUCAAUGGAUCUCAAUUUGUCAGUUUUCCAAGAACCCCGUGGGGUUAUGAGAGUUCUACAUUUUAUUUUUUCAAUUUGCGCCUUUGCUACAAUAACGGGUUACACAGGAUAUCUCAAAUCCGGUUGCAUUGAUCAAGCAGAACAGAGAGACUCAUUCAGUUACCCUUUUGAAAUAAUAAUUAUUAAACAAAUGGAAAAUAUCAAACUUUGUAAUGUUACGAUAGCAGGAGAUUUUUCUUCCGAUGCCAAAUUUUUUGUAACCUCUGGAGUAUUAGCAAUGUUGUAUUCAUUGGCCAUUAUUUUUGUUUAUAUUAAGAUGGAUAAAACCUACAAAAGUGACACCAAAGCCCCUCUCAUUGACUUCAUGGUUACUGUUUUGUUAUCAGUUUUGUGGCUGUCUAGCAGUGCUGCAUGGGCAAAUGGGUUAACAGGUUUAAAAAGCGAGACUAAUCCUCACAUACAAGAUGCUGCAUGUAAAGAUUGUUAUUUUAUUUCCACCAGUUUUUCUUCAUUGAACAUAUCUGUGAUUUUUGGAUUUUUGAAUUUCUUUCUUUGGGCUGCAGAUUUAUGGUUUAUUUAUAAAGAAACUUCAUGGUUCCAAGGUAAUCAGCGACAAACAGAUGGAGUAUAAGAAACAUUUAAUUUUUCUGUAUAUAUAAAUUGUUCAAGCUGAACUAGUAGAUUGCACAAACCUUACAGACAUUUGAUUUUACAUUAAUCUUGUUUGGUGUUAUUAAUAUUCAUUUAAAUUUUAAUUAAUACUGUUGGUUUGAAUAACGACAUUUUUUUACAUAAUUUUUGUUUUACAUUGUUUUUUUCCCAAGUUUUGGACUAUCAAUUAAUUAGUUAAUUUAUCUUAACAUUGUUUUACAUCAUUUCAUUGUCUUUUUUAUCCUAUACAAUAAUUAUUCUGGUAUAACAAAUAGCUAAGGUAUGUUUUAUUAGUUAUUCCUUUUCUUCCUCUCAAUUUUGUAAAUGUAGAAGCAACGUCAAAUUGCUUAAGAUCAAGCUCUUCAUAAAUAGGAAACAUAUUCAGUUGCUUAAGUGUUUAGAUUUUCUAAAAAAAGUAAAGAUAAAAACUAUAGUCUUCCAAAAUAAAGUAUUAUUUAAGAACUUGCAUUUUUGUGUUUUAACAAAUUGAAAAGUGAACUUAUUUCAUCACUAGUUCAAUAUUAUUGAUUUUUCUAUAGCAUGUGUGAAGAGUAAAUUUGACGAAAUAAAUCUCCGAGUAAUAUUUUAUUUUCAAAAUCUUGAGAAAACUUUGACAGAAUUCCAAAUUUUAUUUCUACUAUAUAAGCACAAUUGCUAAUGUAGAUACAUUUCAAUAACCAAGUUAUCUUCUUUAGGGGAAGAUGAACAGAUUACCUCUGUUUUUUUAAGAUGUAAACUUGUUCUUAUACAUUGUAAUUGUUUGUUUAGUGAUAAAAACCAGUAUGUUCACUAAAAAUAUUACCAACGGUUUCAGAAACUUCAACUUGUACAGGUUACAUUUUUGACGUAUUCUCAAUUUUUUUCAAUAUUACCGAUUUGACAAUUUAUUUUAAUUUUAACCCUUUACUUCUGCAAUAUAAACAUUUAAACAUUUAUGGAUACUAUUUUUAUGCUUAUUGGCUAGUGCAAUUGAGUGUAAUAUUCAGAAUUGUCAUAUUUUGUUAUUACGCUUGUGGAGAAGUUCAAUUUGGAAACAUCAAGGACAUAAUUUUUUUGAAGACAAAAUUGUCUUAAAAUAGUGAGUACUAAUAUAUCACUUGUAGGAAACGAUUAUGUGUUAAAUCCACUGAACAAACAGUGACAUUUCGGAGACCUCGCUUUACACAUAUGCUUCUAGUAACGAAGUCAAAUGCGGCAGCCUUCAUUGCCCUAGUACAUUGUAAUUGUUUUUUGGAUUCAACUUUAUUAUUUUUAUGCCAAAUUUGUAACUCUUGAAUACAGUGACUUUAAAGUUGCUUGUCCAAGCAUAGCUUUUUUUUCCAGAAUAUUGAUUUAGCCUUAUAUAAUAACCUAUGUCAAGUUUAUAAUUUGAAAUUUCAUUUCAAAAAAAUAUUAAUAAAGUUUAUAUCAAAAAUGCUCAUGCAAUGUUUUGAUGAAUGUUAGUUUUAGUUUUGCAAAUUUUGCUGGUGAAUGUGUUCCAUUUAGGACGAAAGGAUUGAAUAGAGUUUGUCUGUGGUUUAUAGACAGACAAACCACUAUUUUUUUUAAAUUAAUAUAAUGGAAGUAUUACACACUUAUAAACUUAAUUUCUUACUGAGAUUAAAACAGGAAAUUAAUGGUAGUUGUAUUAACUAUUUAAGUUAUGUUCGAUUUGUAUAUCUAAGACUAAUUAUUAACACAUUUUCACCUUUCUGCUAGUGUUGAUAAUAAAAUUGAGAUUACUUGAAAGUAAUUAUCAAAUUCUCAAUUAAUAACCCUAAGGUAACAACAUUCUUUCAAUUUUUUUUAUACCAAUAAACAUAAUUGAUUGAUAUAAACUUAUGUUUAAUAGCAUUUUUUGGUAUCUAGAUUAAUAUCCACGACUUGGAAAAGGCAACAAGGACAAAUUAGGGAUCCAAUCUAAUAAAAUAUUUAAUAAGAAACAGUUUUUGAAAAUCUCACUGUGAUCGUCAAAAAAAUCCUCUUAGUAUAAUAUAUUAGUCCAGCACUUCUCUAUUAGUUUUUUUUUUAAAUUUGUGUAAAACGAUUUCUUUUUACACUUCUUCAAUUGAAUACUUUAGAUUUAUAAAUGCCUUGUGGUCAUCGGAGGUUAGUCUUUAAUACAGAUAUAUAAAUUUUCCACUAUUUUUGUCUUAAAUAUCCUUUAGGGUUCAAAAACUAUGUUAUGUUUAGUUUGGAGGUACUACAUUAAUACGCACAAUGUUAUUUUCCGACGCGUGUUUCUAAAAUCAAAUCACUAUCUUCAAAGAUCGAAAGUAAAUAGUUUAUGUCACACAAAUCGUUUCUUAAAUUUCAUUUUACUUCUGAAACCUAGUAAGUCUGUUAUUCUCUUUCAGUCUCCAAAAGAAAGCAUUAUCAUCACAUUGGUAAAAAAACUUUAGUUUUGUAUUUUCCAAUUUGAAAAAAUCUCACCAACAUGAACUGCUACAUGUAUUCUUAUACAACAUUCACUAUGAAAUAUCUUAAUUAUGUAUUUCCGUCCUUCCAGAUGUAGAUUAAUUUAGCACUCAUAUAAUCACAAACAUUUGUUUUUCUAUAAUGCUACAUCUAUGAUAUAGAUUGUUUUUAAUAUAUUUUAGAUUAUAGAAAGACAAUGGAUAGAGAGACGAGCAUAUAUGGAGAUUUUAUAUCUUGUACAUAUCUGUGCUAUUUUAAGAAAAAGUUUUAUAAGCUCUCUAUAUGUGUAUCCCGUUUAAUAUAUCGGGAUUAAAAUCAAAUAAUUUUUUAUAGCUUUGUUGCUAGUUUAUACGUUAAAUAGAAUAUUCAUUGAUUGGGUUUAGGGCGUAGUUUUAUAAUUAUUUUAUUAAUGUUUGUAGUUCAUUUUAAUGUUAUCGUUUCUCAAUUAAUAAAUUAUUAUAAAAACCA